AUGUCCAACCUCCCCUCAGAGCCCGAGUUCGAACAGGCCUACAAGGAGCUCGCCUCGACGCUCGAAAACUCCAGCCUCUUCGAGCAACACCCGGAAUACAAAAAAGCCCUCGCCAUCGCCGCCAUCCCCGAACGCAUCAUCCAAUUCCGCGUCGUCUGGGAAGACGACAAGGGCCAGGUCCAGGUCAACCGCGGCUACCGCGUGCAGUACAACUCGGCGCUCGGCCCCUACAAAGGCGGCCUCCGCUUCCACCCCACCGUCAACCUGAGCGUGCUGAAGUUUCUGGGCUUCGAGCAGAUCUUCAAGAAUGCGCUGACGGGCUUGAAUAUGGGAGGCGGCAAAGGUGGCGCCGACUUUGACCCCAAGGGCAAGAGCGACAAUGAAAUCCGCAAGUUUUGUGUCGCGUUCAUGAGUGAGCUGGGGAAGCAUAUUGGGGCCAAUACUGACGUUCCUGCUGGUGACAUCGGCGUGUCUCCCCGUGAGAUCGGCUGGAUGUUCGGACAAUACAAGAAACAGACGAAGCUGUGGGAGGGCGUGCUGACGGGCAAAGGCGGCAGCUGGGGCGGAUCCUUCAUCCGUCCCGAAGCCACUGGCUACGGCACGGUCUACUACGUCGAGGAGAUGAUGAAAUGGGCCUCCGGCGGCAGCGACUCGUUCGCUGGCAAGAAGGUCGCCAUCUCCGGCUCCGGCAACGUGGCGCAGUACGCCGCAUACAAGGUCAUCGAGUUGGGCGGCACCGUCGUCUCGCUCUCCGACUCCAAGGGCGCCCUCAUCGCCACUUCGGCCACCGGCAUCACGCCCGAGAUGGUCGAGAUUGUCGCCAAGCUCAAGGUCGAGCGCAAAUACCUCGCUGACGUUGCCGAGACCGCCGACUUUGGCUCCACCACCAAGUACGUCGCGGGCGCCCGGCCCUGGCUGCAGGUCGGCGAUGUGGACGUCGCCUUGCCCUGCGCCACCCAGAACGAGGUGUCGGGCGAAGAGGCCGAAGGGCUCGUCAGGGCCAAGUGCAAGUUCCUCGCCGAGGGCUCCAACAUGGGCUGCACGCAGGAGGCCAUCGACGUGUUCGAGGCGCACCGGAGGGAGAACGGGAAAGACGCCAUCUGGUACGCGCCCGGAAAGGCGGCCAACUGCGGCGGUGUCGCCGUGUCCGGUCUGGAGAUGGCGCAGAACUCGAGCAGGAUCAAGUGGAGCACCGAGGAGGUGGAUGCGAAGCUGAAGGACAUCAUGAAGAACUGCUUUGAGAACGGUUUGCAGACCGCAAAGACUUAUGUCACGCCCAAGGAGGGCGAGCUGCCGAGUUUGGUCGCCGGGUCCAAUAUUGCUGGCUUCACCAAGGUGGCUGAGGCCAUGAAGGAUCAAGGGUGA